UCAGGGGAGUCAGACAGCUGAAGGAGAGCUGAGGAGGAGGACGAGGAAGACGAUGGCCCGGCCGAAGAGCCUCCACCUGCUCGCCGUGCUGCUGUCAGCAGCUGCAACCGUCCAUGUCUCUGUGGCCUUCAACAUCGACUUGUCCGAACCUGAGGUCUAUGAAGGAGAACCUCAAGACUUCUUUGGAUACAAAGUGCUCCAGUUUAAGUCUGGCAGCAGCAAGGGGAUCGUCGUCACGUCUCCUCUGAGGAUGAACGGAUCCGGGGGGGUCAGCAGACUGACCCUGGACCAGAAGCAGAUCAGUCUUCAGGAAAGGUCUCUUCCAAAUGCAAUGGUGGCGAAACACCUGGGCUUGUCCAUCGCUGCGGACUCCACCGGCUCACACUUCACCGUGUGCAGUCCGAACGUGGAGCACGAGUGCUACGAGAACUCCUACCUGAACAGCAUCUGCUACAACAUCACCGAGGACAUGGAGGAGGUCUCCUCAUUCACUCCGGCUUUUCAAGACUGCACCAAGAAGACGGUGGAUCUGGUUUUUCUGUUCGACGGCUCAAACAGCAUGACCACAAAAGAGUUCGAGAAAAACAAAGAGUUCAUCCUGGACAUAAUGAAGAGUCUGGGGAACUCGUCCAUCAAGUUUGCUGCAGUUCAGUUCUCCACAGAAUUUCGAAAAGUUUUUGACUUCAAUGACUACAAAGCUGGGCUUGCUGAAGAGAAGCUGUGGGUGGAAAGUCACAUGAAGACCCUCACCAACACUCACGGAGCGCUCACCUUCGUGCUGCACGAGCUGUUUGAAAACCCCGGCGCGGGAGCCUCGCCCGACGCCACCAAGGUUCUGGUUCUGAUCACAGACGGAGAUCCCAGCGACAUCGACAGAAACAAAACCAUACACCAAUACGACGUCAAGAACGUGAUUCGCUUCGUCAUCGGGGUGAAGAAAGCAGACCUGAGCAAAUUUAAAGCCAUUGCCUCCGAACCAAAAGACCAAAAUUCCUUCAAAAUCGAAAACUACGACGGACUGACAGGAGUACUGGAAAACUUCCAGAAGAAGAUCUUCAACAUGGAGGGCUCCACGGCGGCCCAGGCAAGAAACAUGACUGAUGAGAUGUCUCAGAGCGGCUUCAGCGCCGCCAUCUAUCAGGAUAAACUGAUUCUGGGUUCAGUGGGAUCAAACACCUGGCAGGGUGCCCUGCUGGAGCGUCAAGAACGGAAUGAAAGGCAGAUCGAAGAUCCGGAGAUGACGAUGGACUCCUACAUGGGAUACUCCAUUUCUGUUGGAGAGAGGAACGGCGUCGCCGCGUACUUCACGGGCGCGCCGCGGUUCGAACACAGGGGGCGAGUGGUGCUUUUCAAACACGACGGGAGAAAGUGGACGGUGGCCGGAAGACUGACCGGAGAGCAGAUCGGCUCGUACUUCGGGGCGGAGCUGUGCUCGGUGGACGUCGACUCAGACGGGAACACCGACUUCCUGCUGGUGGGCGCUCCGCUCUUCUACCAGCCUCAAGACAAGAAGGAAGGCCAUGUGUACGUUUACCAGCUGACGGAGGAGAUGCAGCUGAAGGCUGAGACGACUGUGGCGGCGCCGUCCAUCGGCCGAUUCGGCAGCACCAUAUCCAGCCUGGCGGAUCUGAACGGAGACGGGCUGCGAGACGUGGCGGUGGGAGCCCCUCUGGAGGACGACAACUCGGGAGCUGUCUACAUCUACUUGGGAGACAGGACGACGGCGGUCCGCCGGACAUACAGCCAGGUGAGAGACCACGCCCCCGUCUACACCCUCCAUCUACACCACCUCGGUCUCACCAAACUGCUGUCUUCCCAGAGGAUCAUGGGAGCCACGGUGAACCCUGGGAGGAGGUUCUUUGGACAGGCCAUCAGCGGAGACCUGGACCUCGGACAGGAUGGUCUUCCAGAUGUUGUGGUGGGGUCGCAGGGCGCCGCUGUUGUCUUGAGAUCCAAGCCUGUUUUCAACGUGGAGGCUCGCAUGUCUUUCCACCCGGAGGAGAUCAGCACGGACGGCCUGGACUGUCCCAGCCAGGACGACAGUUUACCCAUGGUCGAGCUCCAAGUCUGCUUCCAGCUGACCGAAGUGACCAGGAGGGAAGCCGGGGACACCGGCGCCAGUCUGAACAUCACCUACAUGCUGGACGUGGAUCCCAAGAGACUGAAGAAUCGAGGAUUCUUCAUGCAGGAAAAGAAGAAAAGCAGAAACCUGACGAGCAGCUACGAGCUGACGGAGGCAGAAGCCUGCUUCAACUACACCGUCCACAUGCCCAAAUGUCUGUUUGACACAGUUUCAUCAGUCAGCAUCAAGCUGAACUUCUCCCAGACCGACAGCGCCUCCUCUGAAUGCAGCCUGAACACCGACAGCCUGAAGCACACCGCUGUGGAGGUUCCCUUUAAGAAGCAGUGCAGGAAUAACGACUCGUGCGUGGCCGAGCUGGACGUGGACUUCAGCUUCAUGACGGACACGUUGCUGGUGACAGAGGACAGCUACUUCAACAUGUCAGUCACGCUGCACAACCACGGAGACGACUCCUACAACACCAGCCUGACCAUGCUCUACCCUCUGGGCCUGUCUUUCUCCAUGAUGACGCUCGCAAAGGCCUCCAGACCGACUCUCCACAGCUGCAGUGACCUCCAAGGAGUUCUGGAUAAAACCGUGUGUGGUGUCAGCCUCCCCGUCUAUCGCAGCAGGUCCUCUGCGACCUUCAACACCUCCUUCCUCAUCAUCAGCGACUACGACUGGAGCGACACGGUGUCGAUGACCGUCGCAGCAACAAGCGACAACACGAACUCCACCGUGAACCUGACCAGGAGCAUCCCGGUGCAGUUUGAGGUGAAGAUGGCCCUGACAGUGAAGGAAGACAGCGUCUCUUAUCUGAACUUCACUCCAGAGCACUCUGCACCCAAGAAGCUGUCCAUCGUCUACAAGAUAGACAACAUUGGAUUCAAGGACUUCCCUGUCAACGUGUCCCUGAUCUUCCCCACGAAGCUGCAGCACGGCUUUGAAAUGAGCAGCUACAAAGUCUCAGUUCAUGAGAACAAAACUCGCUGUACAAGCACCAAGGAGCUGCGGAGUGAGCUCUGCCCUGCGGAGAAUCACUGCGUCUCCGUCAUGUGUGAAACCUUCAGCCUGAACAAAGACUCAGAGUUCCAGGUGUCUGGAGACGUUCACUUCAAGGACCUGAAGCAGCUGGCAGCGAACGCUCCGUUUCUCAAACGCUACACUGGAGACGGUGGCGAGGUGAAGUUCAGCAGCUUCAUUCAGGUGGACUACGACACCCAGAGAUAUGUCCUGGAGCCGAACGGACACCAGAAGAAGGGGAGCGCUCCGACUGCCGAGUCCCGGAAGCGGAAGCAUCCUGUGGUCCAAUGGACUGAAGUUCGGGUGGAGUUCAUCCUCCCUCCAGAUCAGCUCCUGAUCAUUCUGACAGGAGCCGGACUGGGAUUCCUGCUCCUGAUCGUCAUCACGCUCGUCAUGUUUAAGCUGGGCUGCUUCAAGAGGAAAACACAGGAGUAUUACGAAGAGCAGGAGGAGAAAGCUGCUCUCCAGGCCGCGACGCCGACCGAACUCGUCCCUGCUGCCGUCAACGGCAAGGCGGACGACCAGCCUCUUCUCGGAGAGGACGGCCUAAAGGGAGGACAGCUGGAGAACGGCGGCAGCGUGGCGGCUGACGGAGGGACGGACCUGCAGUGAACCUCGGCUGCGUGGAGACGCUCAGCUUCGCCUCAGUAUCACAAACAGCCCGACGCUGCAACCUGCUUUCUGAUGCCGUUAUUUUUUAAUUUUGUUUUUUUAGAGCCGUCUUUAGUUUUCAUCAGUAUUUAUGAAGUGGAGCUUCUCCGGCCGUGUCACGUCUGUUCCUCUCAGCCUGACGGUGCUCAGAGGAACGAGUAGGCCGGAAACAUCUCAAACACACGUUAAAGCUUUGGUUAUUUGGUGUAAAUGUUGAGUGAAAAGCAGAGCAACACAAUAAAGCGGUGGUUCCUCCUGAAGGCUCUCUCCAUCGCUCCUGCAGCAGCAGGUCACUUCGACCGCAGGACGACUUCUGGACCGUUCAGAACCGAGACGUCCUCAUCAGGAAGUCACAGAGCGGCGGGCUGGGACAGGAAGCAGCUGCUCUGAAGCGCGUGAGCGGAGGACACUAUGCCUGAUGUGCCGGGGAGGUCGAAGGUCACGCUCAGGGACCCACAGUCUGUUCAGUGUUGCUUGAAAAUACGUGAUUUGGGUUUGGAUGUUCUGGAAGAUGAAGUGCUGGUGGUGUUACUGUUUAGUCUGUUGAUUCAUAAUAAAAAGCUGUGUCUGUGUGUGUGUGUGUGUGUGUGAGAGAGAGAGAGAGAGUGAGAGAGAGAGAGAGAGAGUCAACAGCCGGCUGGACUUUCAGGCAGUAAAGGACCACUCGGCUGCAGAGUUUCAUAAUAAAAGCUGUAUUUCAUCGCUCUGAUGAGAAUCACUGAAUGCAGUUUCACCUCUUCACAUCAAAACUGUUCUCAGCUUCAUAUAAUCAGCCUGUUCAUGAUUUACUUUAAAAAAAUAUAUAUAAUAAAAAAGCAUGUGUGCCAGUC